AGUUUAUCAGAAACUUCUGACCAAUACAGAUUGAAAAAUGAAAUUCUCUCAGCUUCUGUGGAUUCUGCAGAUCCUAUUUCUCUUCAUUGAUUCUGCUUCAGCAGCAACUUACAAAGUUACUUCGCAGGUUUUCUUGGACGUGGUUUCCGAUGGAAAAGAUUUGGGACGGAUUGUAAUUGGAUUAUUUGGUGAGGAGGCCCCGAAAACUGUGAGGAACUUCCGCAAAAUCUGCUUGAAAGGAAUCAACGGAAAGUCCUACAAUGGGACAAGAUUUCAUCGAGUUAUCAAGAGAUUCAUGGUCCAGGGCGGUGACAUUGUUAGUGGGGAUGGUCGUGGUUCACUCAGCAUUUACGGAGAUACCUUUGAUGAUGAGAAUCUCAAUCUUCUGCAUACUGGUCCAGGAUUUGUAGGCAUGGCAAAUCGUGGGCCUGAUACAAAUGGAUGCCAAUUCUAUUUGACCACAAUGGCCACUCCCUGGCUCAAUGGGAAGCACACAAUCUUCGGGAAGGUGGUUGAAGGUCAGGGGAUUGUUCAUCAAAUUGAGCAAGUGAAAACAAACUCCGAGGAUGUUCCUGUAAAGCCUGUGAGGAUUAAAAAGUGUGGGAAUGUCCCUACAAAAGGAACUUACACCAUAUCCGAUGAUUCUUCUAAUUUAUGGACGUGGAUUAGGGCUUCAGUGGUGCCCCUUGGGAUGUCCUUCUCAAUUUUGGGAUUUUUUCAUUGGGUUUUUCGUCAACUCAACCGUUAUUCCUAAAA